CAAGAGGGGAAUCAGGUUUCCUUGACAACCGCAGGAUGCGUACCCAGAGGCCUAGGGACAGAGAAAAGGAGGCCAGAGGAGGAGGGAAAGAGACAAAAAACAAAUGAGACUUUCCAGCCCCGCGUUUUCUCCAGCUUUUUUUUUUAUCAGGUCUUUUUUUGAAAGAGGGAGCGAUGGAGGAGGUUGCCGCCCGGUCGUGACGGAGCCUUAGAGUGUUUGUGUGGUCUGUGUGUGUGUUUGUGUGUGUCCGCGCUGAAUCGGUAAGUACGCCUGGCUGUUCCAAUGUCUUCAUAACUCUGGCUUAUAGACCACACAGAGUAACAAAACAAAGGGACUGAAGGAUGGAGAGAGAGAGGGACUGGAGUAUUGGCACAGUUUGUGACAUGUAUCAGUGUAUCAUUAACUUUCAAUAGGAAACACAAAGGCACACGUUGAGCCACUUUUACGCCUCGUCAAAACUAUGACUGAAUAUGGAAGGGGAUUAAUAUAUUCCCAUCAGUGUAAAUGGAAACUAUGAUGUGAUGUGGUGUUUUGGACUGAAUGGUGAUCUUGUACACAAAGGAAACUGGAAACCAUCUGCCUUAUCUUCACUUUUGAGAACAGUGGGAAAAACAGAAGAAAAAAAAGAUUAGAGGCAGCAUCUCUUUGCGUUUCAUUUUCCAAGUUAUUGCACUAUUGACUGAUAAUAACACUUGUUUAUUCUAAUGUAUGAUUUUCUGUUUUGACAGUCAGGCCCACAUCUUGACUCUGGAUCAUGCGUUUUACACUGCGACCCCGGAGUGGCUGCUUGGUGCUGUGUCUUUCUGUCUCUCUGCUCACCCUGCUGCUGCAGAGCCUCUGGGUGCCUCCAGAGAUGACCAGAGAGGAGCCGGCAGGUGCAGGGAGGUCCCCUGAGGAACAGGGUCACCAUGGUAACAGCGUGCGAAGACUGGCUCUACGCUUAGAGGCUCUGAGCUCUCAGGUGCAGCGGCUAGCGAGGGAGAGAGACACUCCCCAGCCUGCUAAAGAAGAACUUACUAACCUUCUGCAAAGUCUCCGGCAGGACCAGGAGGGCUUGGUGCGGUCCGUGGAGCGAGAGCUACAGAGAAUGGCCCAGAAGCUGGAAAGCCUCGGUCAUCAGCCCCACACACCACGACCACAAGACGACCACAGACCGCAGACAGGUCUCCGUGAGGUUUGUGAGGUGCCCGAGGACCCUGUGUAUCCCCACUGUGCUGAGAAAGUUGAGUUCCUGCAAGCCCGUUGGGACUCAGACCUCUGCUAUGCUUUCUACGGGGUGGAUGGUACCACCUGCUCCAUCCUGACCUACCUGAGUGAGAGAGAAGACUUCUGUCCCCCCCACCCUGGAAGAAACCAUUCAGCACCACCAUGGCACCAGCAACCACGCGCCCACAAAGAGAAGGCAGAGGUCCGGACGACUCUGAGGCCAUUGUAUGAGGUGUUUGGUGGAAUUCAGGGUCCUGCAGGAAGGUUCAUCCGGUCCAGGGUGGAGAGGCUGUCUACAUGCUGGAUAAAGGCGGGACACAGGAUACGAGAGAACACCACUAAGACGACUUCACUGCAGAAGAGGGUCCUGCUCUACCCAGGGGUCCUGUCUGGGGGUGCGGGCCAGCGGUUCGGGGCCAUGGUGGACCAAGGGGGGCCUCUGGGAGAGCUGGUGCAGUGGGCUGACCUCAGUGCCUCUCUCUUCAUCCUGGGUCACAAUCUGACCUUUACCACCUCCCAGAACCACCUGCACAGUGUGAUAGGUGCAGCCCCGGGCAAAGGAAGCUGCCCCAUCCAGAUGCCCCUGCCCUUUGACCUCAUCUAUACAGACUACCACGGCCUAGCCCAUCUCCAGGGAGCCAUGGGGCUGGCCUUCCAACACUACCAAUGCCGCUUCCGAAUCCUUGACUCUUUUGGUACGGAACCGGCUUUCAACCUAGGGACGUAUGCCCGUAGCCAUGGUUACAACACGCUAUGGGGAAGCUGGCGUCUACAGCCACUGCAGUACAUGACCAUGUUCCCUCAUACCCCUGACAACUCGUUCCUGGGCUUUGUGAGUGAGGAGGCGAUGGUGGAGCAGGAAGAGAGGGAGGAGGAAGUGGAGCCAGGGCCUUACAGGAAGGACAACACGGCUGUGGUCUACGGGAAACAGGACUACAUGUGGCAGGGCAAGGAACGUUAUCUGGAGCUGAUCAGUCGGGAGCUGGAGACCCACGGCACAGUGUACCAGCCUCCAGGCCACUCCGCUCAGCUGCCCAGUAACAUCAUCAACCACGGCCUGCUGACCCAGGAUCAGUUCUUACAGCUCCUCAGAAGAGCCAAGGUGUUUGUGGGUCUUGGAUUUCCCUAUGAGGGUCCAGCUCCUUUGGAGGCCAUAGCUUUAGGGUGUGUCUUCCUCCAGCCGCGCUUCCAGCCCCCUCGCUCCUCUGAAAACAGUGACUUCUAUAAAGGGAAGCCCACAACACGACAGGUCUCCUCCCAGCACCCCUAUGCUGAGGAGUUCAUCGGUAAACCCUACGUUUGGACCGUGGACAUGACCAACACUACUGACGUUCAAGAGACGGUCAGGGCUAUUCUAAACACAGAGGUCAAGCCCUUCACCCCUCGAGAGUUCACCAGUGAAGGGAUGCUGGAAAGGGUUCAUGCUUACAUCACUCAUCAGGACUUCUGCAGCGUGUCCUUCCCUACCUGGCCACCUAAGAGCGCUCUGAGAAUACAUCUGGGCCCCCUGGGCCAGUCGUGUGUGAGUGUUUGUCGACGUGCCUCCCUGGUGUGUGAGCCGGCACUGUUCCACCACCUCAACAACCCUGCAGCGUUUACCAGACUGGGCCUGUCAUGCUCCAGCAUGGACCAGGAAGUGGACAACCAUCUAUUUCCUACCUACAGCCCGUGGGGUCGUCGCUGCGGCCUGCAGCGGGAGCGUCUCCUGUUCAGCUGCGCUGGGUCCGACCCUGUCCACCGGAGACUCUGUCCCUGCAGGGCCCACCGGGCGGGACAGGUGGCGCUGUGUCCUGACUGCCUCUAAGGGGCAGACUCUCAGGAUUCUCAUUGGAGAUAAAAGAGGAAAUGUAAGGUUGAAAUGCAUCCUAUGUCUGGGGUCAUGUUCGCUAGGCACGAAACAAAAGAAAACCAACUGAAAUGGAGAGGUGCUAUCUGAACUUGUCCAAUAGGAAAAGCUUUUUUCCGUUUUCUAUUGCAAAAUGUUUUGUUACAGUGUGCCCUGAUGAACACAACCCUAGGCUCUACACUCACAGGAAAUGGAUGUCACGUUCCCGGUUUAUCCGAUAUCACUCAGGAAGAAAGAAGAUAUAGAGCCCUGAUCCGUCAUGUCUCCUCAGUUGCACAAAGGAAUAGGAGUAACAUAGGCAAAAUACGUUUUAAAAAUACUGCCUUCGCCUAUGUGGCCUGUAAAGUGACCACAACCUUUCAUACCAGAGGUCACUCUAUGACAAACUGAGUCAGGCCUCUGAGCAGUUUUACAACCAGAGAGUCCAUCACAUCACAUUCAAGUAAUAGCUUCAACAGAGGGCCAUCACUCAUUGAUGUGGGGUGUAUUUAAUGAGGUAAAACACAAUGUUGCAGGUGGAAAUGUGAUGUGUAGUGCUGACAUGACCCACAGUUCUAAAUGACAAACAGCCAUACCUGAUCUACACAAUACAUUUCUAUCGUAACGUUCUCUUGAACAGGCUUCCAUAGUAGUGGUGGACUGGGGAGUGUGGGAUUACUAGCCAUGUACAAUGGCCGCUCGCGUCGCAUCGCCGGCCCUGAAUAUUACCUCAGUCCUCCUCGGAUUUGUGACAGAGUAAAUAAUGGGGGCCAGAACCAUGUAUUUAGAGUUGGGCCAACUUUUAGAAUUUUGAAUAUUUUUCUAAUUAUAGACAUUCAGUUACAUAGUAUGAAGCAUUCCCCAUGUAAUGUUAAUGGGGAGCUAAAAUGGCUGCCAUAGAAUGUUGAAGUGUCAUGUAAAUGCAUCAUAAUACAGAAAUCAUAUUGGCCCAACUCUCUAAAUUACAUGGCUCUGAUGGGGGCCAUUAUCAGAGUGAAUCAGCACUGAAUGUUUUUGAGAGGGCAAGGCAAUACGACCAUGAUUAUUCCCUCCAAAUAAACACACUCAAAAUGCUGUACUAUAUACUAUGUGUACUGUAUAAGAUAUGUGUUUAUAUGACAGAAUAUUAAUAGUGUUAUUGCCCUAUUGCCUUUUGAUAUGAUAUAUCUAUAGUGAUCUGGCUGAACUUGUAGGGAGGACGAUUUUGAAGGACGAUAUCCUGCUCAGGAGCGAACGUUGAUUUGAACUAACAAGCAGACCCGAGCCAAAUGAAGUGAGGGGUGAUGGGUCACAAAACCUAGUGUGGAGGUUGGGAAGCCUGUCUUCUUCUCGCCUGGCUUCUUCCAUCACCCCUUUCUCUACAUAUAAGAGUGAGGGAAGAAGUGAGAGACCGAAACAGACGUAAAUGUAAUAGCACUAAACUGAGGGCUCUUAUCUGUUAGAAGUGAUCGGGUGGGGGCUUACACAGUGCAGCUGCUAGCCUAGCUUCAGGCCAAGUCCUUGGACUGUCUAUGGGCUCCUUUACCCCUAAAACUAGAAAAGUGAAAGAGGGUUUCUCAGAACAGACACAUGUGAUUACCGUGACUGUCCCAAUGCACUCCGCGUAACCCAAACACAGCACAGCUCAGGAAUUGGACGGGACCACUCAGGGCUGUGACAGAAUUGGUCGACAGGAUGACGGACAGCUCAGUGACUGUAAAACGUCUGUCUAAAAACAACAGUGGAACUGACAUAAGCAGAAUGUUUAGCAAAUUCAGCUGGCCCUGUCAAGUGAGACUUGAAUUUGAUUUGACAUACGUUCCAAAGAUGAUAAGAGUGAGUGGACUUGUGUUUUGUUUCAAGGCACUGUUCGUCAGUUACGGAAAAUGAAAUUGUACUUGACCCAAAGGAAUUAUACAAUGAGAAAUAAGUUCAUUGGGAAAUGUUGUGUAAUUUUGUGACUCACACUCACUGUUUUGUUUAAAGGUUCUGGCAUAACACUUGACGAGCUGAUAAUGUAAGGUUAUAGAAGGGUUAAGAUAAAAUAAGAUUGUAAAAUAUAAUACAAUAUAAUAAAGUAUUUUUUUAAACUCUUUAAUAUUGACAUUAUGGGAGUGUGACUGGCAUACUUUAGGUGCUACCAAUAGCUACACACACUGCUAGAUCUCAAAAGCCCACAAACGUCAAACAAAAUGUCCCAAUUCUAGGGUGGCAUCUGUAAACUAUACAGUGCCCUCCACUAAUAUUGGCACCCUUGGUAAAUAUGAGCAAAUCGGGCUGUGACACUUUUUUAUUGACUGUUUAUCCUCUUGGUCUUUCAUUCAAAAUAUUCACAAAUAUUGAACCUUUAAUUGAAAUAAAAUGAUUGAAAAAAAUGUAUGUGAAAUAAAUUAAAUAUUUUUCUCCGAAACAUGUGUGCCACAAUUAUUGGUACCCCUAGAUGUUCUUAUGAGAAAAAUCUAGCUGAAGUCUAUUCCCAUUCAUAUUUGAUGUUUUUAAGUUCACCUGAGUAAUUAGGAACACUUAAGUGGUAAGCCAUGACUUCCUGUUUCACUGGGGUAUAAAUAUGAGGUGACACACAGGCCAAGUUCCCAUAGUCAUCCUUCAUUAUGGGAAUAAUCCGAGAAUACAGUAAUGAUGUGUGACAAAAGGUUGUUGAGCUGCACAAAUCAGGAUAUGGCUAUAAGAAAAUAGCUUAAAGGUUGAAAAUGCCAAUUUCCACUCAUUUCCACUAUUUAAGAAAUUUAAAGCAACUGGAGAUGUUAACAAUCGGCCUGGAAGAGGACAUGUGUCUAUAUUGACCCCACGCACAGUGAGGAGGAAGGUUCGAGUUGCCAAACAAUCUCCAAGGAACACAGCUGGAGAAUUGUAGACGUUAGUUGGGUCAUGGGGUCAGAAAAUUUCCAAAACUACGAUCAGAUGCCACCCACAUAACCACAAGUUGUUUGGGAGGGUUGCCAUAGAAACGCCUUUGCUGUCAUCAAACUACAAACUCAAGCGCCUACAGUUUGCCAAAUGUUACUGGAUCUUUCAAUGGGACCGGGAUCUAUGGUCAGAUGAGACCAAAAUAGAGCUUUUUGGAAACAAACACCAGAGGUGGGUUUGGCGUAGACAGAAAGAUAGCCAUGCAGAAAAGUACAUCAUCCCCACUGUGAAGUAUGGUGGUGGAUCUUUGAUGUUUUGGGGCUGUUUUUAUUUCAAAGGUCCUGGACCACUUGUUAGGAUACAUGGUAUCAUGGACUCAAGUACAUCAAGUACAAGCAGAUAUUAAAUCAAAACCUGACUGCCUCUGCUAGGAAGCGUAAACUGGGCCGCGGUUGGAUCUUCCAGCAGGACAAUGAACCAAAGCACACCUCAAAAUCAACACAAUAAUGGUUCACUGACCAUAGAAUCAAGGUUUUGCCAUGGCCAUCCCAGUCCCCUGACCUAAACCCCAUAGAAAAUGCAGCCUGGCAUGAGCUGAAGAGGAGAGUCCACAAGCGUGGCCUCGGAAUCUGAAGGAUCUGGAGAGAUUCUGUAUGGAGGAAUGGUCUCAGAUCCCUUGCUAUGUGUUCUCCAAUCAUGUUAAGCAUUAUAGGAGAAGACUCAGAGCUGUUGUCUUGGCAAAGGGAAGUUGCACAAAGUAUUGAAUUAAGGGGUGCCAAUAAUUGUGGCACACAUAUAUUUGGGAAAAUAUUUGCUUAUGAUAAGAAUUCAUUUUUUCUUCUAUUUAUUUUACUUUAAUUAAAGUGUUGAUUUUUUUGUGUGAAUAUUUUGAAUGAAAGACCAAGAGGAUAAACAAUAAAGACGUUUUUCUUUUCGCAGCCCGGUUUGCUCAUAUUUACCAAGGGUGCCAAUAAUAGUGGAGGGCACUGUAGAAGGAAUUCAUAGCUGAGUGAUGAAAGGGUUAAAAAAAGAAGGGAUGACUGGCGGGGAAAGGAGGACAAUAAAGAAGACAGGAAACAUGAACCUGUCACGGUCAGCCAGACAGGCAGGAAAGUUCACGGUCCAAUAAUGUUUACCUUUGCACUUUUUAAUUUGACAUUAUUAUAAUUUUUUUUACCAUGAGUAUGAAUACUUAUUGGAGAGAUGAGGGACUGAGAGUUAAAGCCAAAAGAUUACUUUCGAAAAACUUUUUUUACCCUAAACUAGGUCAUGUAGACCAAAUUAGUCGUGUCAUCAUAAGAUGUUAGGAUUGCACCAAUGUAACUAGGCUUUAGCUCAGCGGGCUAAUAGUCUUAUUACAGUAACACAGACCUAGAUUCAAGUCGACUCAGGUUGGUCAACAACGGUUAUAAGAGGAUUUAUUGUAUGCCCAAUAUAUAACUUCAUAACAUGUUUCAUGUCAAACAAUUACAGUUGAAGUCGUAAGUUUACAUACACUUAGGUUGGAGUCAUUAAAACUCGUUUUUCAACCACUCCACAAAUUUCUUGUUAACAAACUAUAGUUUUGGCAAGUCGGUUAGGAUAUCUACUUUGUGCAUGACACAAGUAAUUUUUCCAACAAUUGUUUACAGACAGAUUAUUUCAGUUGUAAUUCACAAUAUCACAAUUCGAGUGGGUCAGAAGUUUACAUACACUAAAUUGACUGUGCUUAAACAGCUUGGAAAAUUCCAGAAAAUGAUGUCAUGGCUUUAGAAGCUUCUGAUAGGCUAAUUGACAUCAUUUGAGUCAAUUGGAGGUGUACCUGUGGAUGUAUUUCAAGGCCUACCUUCAGACUCAGUGCCUCUUUGUUUAAUCAGCUUCUUGAUAUGCCACACCUGUCAGGUGGAUGGAUUAUCUCGGCAAAGGAGAAAUGGUCACUAACAGGAAUGUAAAGAAAUUUGUGCACAAAAUAUGAGAGAAAUAAACUUUUUGUGUGUAUGGAACACGAAACAUGGGACCAACAGUGUAAUUAGAGCUCUAAGCACAGAUAUGCAAAUGAUAUUGUGUGUUUAAACCAGCAUGUAAUA